AUGGAGCCGGCGCGGGAGCCCUGCCCGGAGCCUCGGGGCCACGAAGGUGGAGACAAGCCCUCGGCUGCCGGGCCAGAAAAGGAACUACAGCAGAGUUCAGCCCCUUGCGCUCGGGAUGCCCCAAGUGAGGAACUGCCCCGCUCCUGUACCAUCCCUGGGGAGAAGCCACCAUCAGAUGCCCCUGGAGAACCAGCUGCGACAGAUACCAGGGGAGCGGGCCAGCCGUCCAGCUCGGGGACGCUCCACAGAGACGCCCCUCUGGCCCCACCUGGACCCCAGCCUCCUGGGGAAGGCUGUUCCUUCCCAGGGAAAGAGGCAAAGUCAGGGAAGAGGUCCUACUCUCCAGUGUCCAGUAAGAAAACGCCCAGUGCGGGGUGUCUGGCCUCCACGCCAUCUCCCGGCGGCACCCAGUCAGCCCGAGCCGCCCACAACCCAGUGCCUUGCGGGUCAGGCCGGGGGCCCUGCCAUCUGGCCAACCUCCUCAGCACAUUGGCUCAGAGCAGCCAAAGCACAGAUCAGAAGAGGUCCCUGGAAGUGACCUGCCAAGUUCGGAAAAAGACCCGGACCCUAUACCGCUCAGACCAGCUGGAGGAGCUAGAAAGGAUCUUCCAAGAAGACCACUACCCAGACAGUGAUAAGCGCCGGGAGAUUGCCCAGACCGUGGGGGUCACCCCCCAACGCAUCAUGGUAAAGGGGGCUGGCCAGCUGGCGUCAGGGUGGCACCUGUCAGAACCCGAGUCUGAGUCCGCUGUGCUCCCUGAACACUCGCAGGCUGUCUCCCUACAGGUGUGGUUCCAGAAUCGCCGGGCGAAGUGGCGGAAAGUGGAGAAGCUGAAUGGGAAGGAGGACAAGGAAGGUCCCGCAGGCCCCGCCCCUGCCGUGGCCAGCGGUCAGUGCAGCUCUGCGGCUGAGCGGCCGGCCGCCGUGCCCCUGGACCCAGAGCCUGGCUCCUUCCCUCAGGAGCCCCCUCUGGAUUCUCUUGCGGAGCCUCCCAUGCUGCUGACCUCUGAGCCGACACUGGCCCCAACCCAACAGAGCGAGAGUACUCAAAGCGUGGCAGAGACCCCUCCCCUCUUCAGCCCUCCACCAGUUCGAAGAGUCAGCCUUCCCUUUCCCCUUGGCCCUGUCCCCAGCCCCCAACUGCUGCCCCUGCUGCUGGAUACUCCCGGCAGUGACGGCAGCCACAAAGAUGGCUCCUGGGGGACAAGCGUCACCCCACCAUCCGCCUGCUCAUACUUGGAAGACCUGGAGCCCCCGGACUACCCACAGAGCGCCCAGCCCGGGCCGUUCCCAUUCUCCCAGGCUCCGCAGAGCCAGCUCUACCAACAGCCUCCGCCCCAGUUCUCCUACCUGCACCCCUUCCCCUUCCCCCUGCCGCACCCCCUGCAGCCUUUGCUGCCAGAUGACCCCCUCUUCCCAUCGCCCUACGGCCCCUGCGCGGGGACGUCACAGGGCUACUUCCCGGGGCUGCCGUCGGGGCAGAUGGUGCUGCAGCCGCCUGCUGGGAACACCGGUACGGUCCCCUGGAAUGACCCUUGCUUGCCAGAACUGCCUUUCCCCGGCCCCUUCUGCCCGCAGGCCCUGGGGCAGCCCCCCGCAGGCGAUGGCUACUUCCCCGAUCUGCUUCCAGCACCCUACGCCCCGACCCUGAGCAGGCAGUCUUCUCCAGGCGUCGCCCCGCUGAUCCCCGAAGGGGCCAGACCCAACUCGGGGCCCUUCCUGGGCAAGGCCCAAGAGGAACAGCCUGCUCCCUGUGGGGAGGGGCCCUCUGCAGCCGACGAGCUCCGAGCCGAAGAGAAGAACGGCCGUGGCCCCUAG